CUCUCUCUCUCUCUCUCUCUCUCUCUCUCUCCAAAGUCUUGGCCACUUCAUCCGCGCAUUAGAGACAAGACAAACGCGCUUCUUGUCGCCCAAGAGUGGCCCCGCGGUGAGAAGGAGGGUCAACUUACACGUACACUUCGCCGACUAACCCGCAUCGCACCGAGAACAUGCGAUGAGGUGCGGUGUGACCCGGUACCCUACCCUUGCCAUGCCUCGAUCUGUUCGGCCAAAUGGGAGGGAGUGACUCUGAAGUUGUAACGCUUUCCGCGAGACCAGACCGGGGGGUUCGUGAGGGACCCGCAAGGCGGCAGCAGGCGGGUUGAGCAAGGGUGCAAGGGGCACAGGACAGGAAUCCAGCUGCUGCUCCUUUGGGGCGCGCAACUCGGGGAUUUCUUCUUUAUCGAGUUUUCUUCUUCAGGACUGAGCCGUUGUUGGACAGGAAGGAAGGGGACGGACGGAGGAGCCGAGAGUUGCGCCAGGACCUUGGGUCGUUGCGAGGAAGAAUCCAGAGGGAGAGGAAAAGGGAGGAUAUCAACCACACGCCGUCCAUGCUGGACCUACACUACGUUGAAGGGAUAUCUCAAGGGUUCCCCUUUGGUUUCUGCUUUCUACUAGUAUCCGAGUUGCAGGUUGACAUAUCCAUCACUUCCUAAGUAGCUAUACUCGUUGGCUGGAGGCAUCCAACAUGGGCAUCCGAGGUAUCUCAAUGUAGACUUGCUGGAUGACGAUGAAGAAAAGAAGGGUGCAUGCGCCCAGGGCAGGGGUUGAGUUGCGGCGCGAGAGAGGCACACCCCGCGACCGCUAGCCAGGCCGCAUGGCUACCUCACUUUCAUGGAUCAGAACCCAGGUUCUGGACUGCAACUGGACGAGAAGUCGGAGAGAGAGAGAGAGCAGGCCUUUCGACCCUGGCAAGCCUUGGAAGCGAAGCGGCUCUCCCCCUCUUGUUCGCACCCUUUCCUUUGCCAAGAUACUGAUGCGCCGGCUGAGUGGUGUGGUUUGUUCGACAAUAAAGAGCCCGUGACGGCCUCCCGCCUUUCUUCAGCCCUCUUAUUUCAUCUUCACCUGACUUCAUUCGUAGCAGCUCGAUCCGAGUUCUUGGGAACCUUCUUUUUUCCCCUUUCUCACGCCUAUCUCUACAAAUUUCUCUUUUCUGUUGCUCAACCUCGUCCAGUGUUGUUGCGUCAUCCACGCUCUUGACUGCUACAAGACUCAGCCCAACUUGGCCUACUUUCGUCCCCAUUUACACGUGGAGAACUUUGUAGCCUCACUGCCGUUCCUUCCUUUCCUGCCACUUUUAAAUCUUCAACGGUUACGUAUUCGCCGGUAUUAUUCAACUCCCGACCAGCCUCAUUGUUUGGACGUUUGAACACAUUCCUUCGACCGCCUUUCUCCAUUGUAAAAGUCACCCAACUUUUUUUUCCUUCUCCUUCCUCGAGCCGGCUCGACUCUCAAGACCACAUUCAGAUAAAGACAAGUGAAGACACCCCGUCUCACUCACCUUGAUUUGACCGACUCACCUCACCUACAUUCACCUGCAACAAUUCUUCAACCAUCCCGACCUAAGAAAUCAACAGACCAACACACAUUUCAAGACGAGGAGCAAUUACACUCUUUGACCCUACAGAAAAUUCCAUCUAUCCUUCCAGUCAACACACCCAAGCUUUUUUCAACAACAUCUGGAAGCGAAGCUCACCUAAAGAAGGCCUUCUCAUCCUCUCAAAACCACCCUCAUCCUAGAUCAGAUUCUUCCAACACCAGACGACACCAUGAAGUCCACCUUCGUCUCCACGAUCGUGCUGCUUGCCGGCCAAGCCGCGGCUCACAUGGCCAUCACCUACCCGCCGCCUCUGCGAUCCAAGGAGAACCCCUUCUCCGGCCAGAACAUCGACUACAGCAUCACCAGCCCUCUGAGUGCUUCUGGCAGCGACUUCCCCUGCAAGGGCACCUUGAACCUCCUCGGAACCGCCGCGGCCUCUCCCGUCGCCACUUGGCAGGCCGGUCAGCAGUACAACAUGACCAUCGCCGGCGGUGCCAACCACAAUGGCGGUAGUUGCCAGGCUUCCCUCUCCUUCGACAGCGGCAAGACCUUCACCGUCAUCCACAGCUACAUCGGUAACUGCCCUGUCGCGGGCACCUCGUCUCUCACCUUCACCUUGCCUGCCGACACACCCUCUGCCAAGGACGCCCUGUUCGCCUGGACCUGGUUCAACAAUGUCGGCAACCGAGAAUUCUACAUGAACUGCGCGGUCAUCACCACCACCACCGGCGGAGGCGGCAGCGCUUCCACUCCCUUCGCCAGCCGUCCUCAGAUCUUCAAGGCCAACAUCGCCAACGGUUGCAGCACUGUCGAGGGAUCCGACGUUCUGUUCCCCAACCCCGGCCCUCCUGGAGACGUCACCAACGCCGGCACCAAGACCGCUGCCCCUGUCGGCACCUGUGACGUCGCAGUCGGCGGUGGCAGCUCUGGAGGUGGUAGCAGCAGCUCUCCCAGCAGCUCUGCCAACGCCGUUGCCCCUGCCCCGUCCGCUCCGGCCGCUUCUCAAGUCUCUCAGCCGAGCUCCCAGUCGACUACUCGCGCUGCUGGAGGCGCCUCCUCAUCUGCUGGACUCCCUGGCGGCGUCUUCCUCACUGUCCCAGCCUCUAGCAACUCUGCCGUUGCCUCUGCCCGGCCGACCACACUCGCGACCGUCAGCAUUCCGGCUUCACCCAGCGAAGAGUGCACCGAAGGAUCUGCGGCACCCACCGCCAUGCCUGCUCCCACUUCGGCAGUCGUUCCCUCAGCCGCCCCCUCGGCUGCCCCCUCUGCCGCUCCAUCCGCAGCUCCCUCGCCUGGCGCCGGAUCUGGUGAUGCAACUGACGGCUCCAUGACUCCCGGCAAGGCCUGCACCCCCGAGGGCCAGUGGAACUGCGUCUCCGGCACUCAUUUCCAGCGUUGUGCCUCUGGACAGUGGUCGGUGCUCAUGAGUAUGGCUCCUGGCACCAAAUGCCAGUCUGGCACAACCGAGGUCCUGGUCUGGCAGAAGAAGAGAGCCCACGGUCGCCGCUCCCUCCGCGCUAGACACCACAUCUAAGCCUCGCGGGCCUCUUGUGUAACAACUUUUCUGCCCUUCGGAAUGUAUUGUCGAAAGGUUCACGACAUUUUUAUGAGACUUGGACGAGAUACGGGGACACGCAUCCAUAGACAUGGGGAACAACCUCUGGCUUUCUGAGAUUUUGGCGUUUUGAGGAUAGCAUGGAUCUUCCAGGACUGGCUCUUGGCUCGCAUAAGGAAAAGGCUGGCAGGUUAGUACGCCAGACAGGCUUGAUAGUAAAUCACCACGAUCGUUGUAAAACAUGGCUCUCUUGUGUAACCUGUCGACAAUGUCGUGCCAGGUGAUGUGUACAUACCCUGGGGCGACUGCAGGUGUUGAUGUCAAAAAAGCGCCUGUGAC